AUGGUCGCUUUUUCCCUGCAGGAGGUGUCCGGGCACGCGGGGCGGGGGGGCUCCCUGGAGAGCGGCGGUGGACCAGCAUCACCUUCGCCCUGGGCUGAGACGCGCUCUCCAGACAGUGCCAAGUCCUUGGAAAUUUCCACGGCGGUGGCCCGGGACCGUUCUCGGAUUCCCUCCCCCGGUGCCACGGUCGAGCCAGCCGGGACCCAGGUGGCUCCGCAUGCGUGGUCGCGGAGAAGAAAAGAACUCGCUCCCAUCAGUUCAAUCAGCGGCGCGCCGCAGCCCUUGCGCGGCGUCCUCCGGCGGACUCCACUGUAUGUGACACCCCUGGAUCGAGUCACUGAAUUUGGAGGUGAGCUCCACGAAGACGGAGGAAAACUCUUCUGCACGUCUUGCAGUGUGGUUCUGAAUCACGUCCGCAAGUCUACCAUUAGUGACCACCUCAAGUCAAAGACUCAUACCAAGAGGAAGGCGGAAUUCGAAGAGCAGAACGUGAGGAAGAAGCAGAGGCCACUCACUGCGUCUCUCCAGUGCAACAGUACUGCACAAACAGAGAAAGUCAGUGUUAUCCAGGACUUUGUGAAAAAGUGCCUGGAAGCCAACAUCCCCCUGGAGAAGGCCGAUCAUCCAGCAGUUCAUGCUUUCCUGUCUCGCCAUGUGAAGAAUGGAGGCUCCAUACCUAAGUCAGACCAGCUGAGGAGAGCAUAUCUGCCUGAUGGCUAUGAGAAUGAGAAUCAGCUCCUCAACUCACAAGAUUGUUGACAAGGAGGUUAUCACCAUUGUGAUCAAGAUAAAUAAUGUGGAGUAUUAAAGUUAACGUGUUGAUUGUGUA